CUCCCCGCCUCGGCCGUCGCCGCUGCUCACGGCUGCUGUGGGGGCAGCGCCCCUGUCCCCGCUCUGUGUGUCAGCCUGUGAGGGGACAGGCGCAGAUGCUUUUUUCUUCUCUUGCCCCGUUUUUAUUUUUCUUUUAAUUUUGUUUCUAGAAAGGAAGGUUCAUGGUAUCUGGUGCUCUCUUCUUCCAAACACAAUAAAUCUGUUGAAGACAUUAGAUUUUUUUUUUCUAAAAUAAAAAGCGGCUGCAACAAAAACACACUCAAUGCAGUUAGAAGGAAAAGGUCAACUCGAUCCAAUACAGACCAACAAGGUGGAUGUGGACUGCAGAUUGUGAACCUAGACACACCUAGGGGAGGAAGGCAAGAAGAGUUGAACUUAAAGAGAGCCCAACGGAGAUAAACGAAUGUCCCCACAUCUCAAAAGGAAAGUUCAUCGGAUUUUUACUCUAGAGAUCUCAUUUUCAGGAUGUCAUUGAACACUUCUACUGCAGGAAAAGGUGUGGAUCCAAAUGCGGUUGACACUUACGACAGUGGUGAUGAUUGGGAAAUUGGUGUUGGGAAUUUAAUAAUCGAUUUGGACGCAGAUUUGGAGAAGGACAGACAGAAAUUUGAGAUGAAUAAUUCUACUAACACCAGCAGCAGCAGCAGCACCAGCUCCAAGGAUUGUGGGGGUCUGGCUUCCAGUGGGGCUAAUGCUACCUCAGCCUUAGCUGAUGGCCUAAAAUUUGCUUCUGUUCAGCCCUCUGCUCCCCAGGGGAAUUCCUCCCAUAAAGAGACUAGCAAAUCAAAAGUGAAAAGGAGUAAAACUUCUAAGGAUGCUAAUAAAUCUCUGCCUUCUGCUGCCUUGUAUGGGAUUCCUGAGAUCAGUGCUGGCAAGAGGCAGGAAGUCCAAGGGCGCCCUGGAGAGGCAACUGGCAUGAAUUCAGCACUGGGUCAGAGCGUGAGCAGUAACCCAAACGGCAAUAAUAACAACACCAGCAACAACACCACCAUUGCCUCUUGUGGGAAAAAUAAAGAGGAGAAACCAGGUAAAGCCCCAGGAAGCAGAGGCUCCAAGAGGGAUAAGGAUGUGGGAAAGUCCAGGAAGGACAAGCAACAUGACCUGCAGCAGGGCCACCCCAAUGGCAGUGGUGGUGGCAGUAGCCAAGCUUCUCCUGGACACCUCUAUGGCUUUGGGGCCAAGGGAGGUGGUGGUGGAAGCAGCAGCCCCUUCCAGUGUACCUCAUCUGCCAUGGGGGACGUGAGCAAAAGUACCUCGGAUUCAGGGUUAACGGGGAACUCUAUUUUGGUAAAGAAGGAAGAGGAGGAGGAGGAGAGCCACAGGCGAAUCAAGAAAUUGAAAACAGAAAAGGUUGAUCCCCUGUUUACAGUGCCUGCACCUCCACCUCCGAUUUCCAGCAGUACCACACCUCAGAUUCUGCCUUCCUACUUUUCCCCAUCUUCAUCCAAUAUUGCAGCACCAGUCGAGCAGCUUUUGGUACGGACUCGUUCAGUGGGUGUAAAUACUUGUGAGGUUGGAGUAGUAACAGAACCUGAAUGCCUUGGACCCUGUGAGCCUGGGACCAGCGUGAACUUGGAAGGAAUUGUAUGGCAUGAAACUGAAGAAGGUGUCCUAGUAGUAAAUGUUACAUGGAGGAACAAGACUUACGUUGGAACACUGCUGGACUGUACAAAGCAUGACUGGGCCCCUCCUAGAUUUUGUGAAUCGCCAACAAGUGACCUGGAGAUGCGUGGAGGACGGGGCAGGGGCAAGCGGGCAAGGUCUGCUGCAGCUGCAGCUGUACCUGGGAGUGAUGCAAGUUUUGCAGAGUCCAGAGGACUUCAGAAUAAGAAUCGAGGUGGUGGCAAUGGAAAGGGGAGGAGGGGGAGCCUUAACUCAAGUGGGCGCAGGACACCUCCAAACUGUGCUAUUGAUGAAGUCAAAGCCAGCCCCUCAUCCACAAACAAGAGGAAGACUAAGCCUCCAAUGGAGCUGGAUUUGAACUCCAGUUCGGAGGACAAUAAAUCUGGAAAGCGUGUUCGUACUAAUUCUAGAAGCACUCCCACCACCCCGCAGGGGAAACCUGAGACUACUUUUUUGGACCAGGGCUGCUCUUCUCCAGUGCUGAUUGACUGUCCUCACCCCAACUGCAACAAAAAGUACAAGCACAUUAAUGGAUUGCGAUACCAUCAGGCUCAUGCACAUUUGGACCCAGAAAACAAACUGGAAUUUGAGCCUGACAGCGAAGACAAAAUUUCGGACUGUGAGGAAGCCUUGAGUAAUGUGGCACUUGAAUGCAGUGAUCCAAGCACAAAUUUACCAGGCUUUGAUCCACUAAAAGCACCAUCAUCUCCUUCCUCCAUCACUACCCCAGGAACCCCCAAAGGAAAAAGGGAAUUGACCAGCAACGGCCCUGGUUCAGUUGUCAGUUCCAAAACUGGCAAGAAUUCUGGCAAAAAGAAGGGUCUUAACAGUGAAUUGAGCAGCCUUCCAGUAAUUUCUAAUAUGGCAGCCACACUGGAUAACUGCUCGGUAGCAGAUGGCAAUUUGCAAACUGAAAUGCCGAAACUGGAGGCUGAAGGGUUAAUUGACAAAAAGAGUUUGAGUGAUAAAGGUAAGAAAGCAAACAAUUGCAAAGUAGAUAAAAACCUUUCCAAACUGAAAACAGCCAGGCCCAUUGCCCCAGCACCAGCACCAACUCCUCCCCAAUUAAUAGCUAUACCUACUACAGCCUUUACAACCACCACUACAGGGACAAUACCGGGUCUGCCCUCUCUAACAACUACUAUUGUUCAGGCUACACCAAAGAGCCCUCCGCUAAAACCUAUUCAACCAAAGCCCACAAUAAUGGGAGAGCCAAGCACUGUAAACCCAGCUCUCACAUCACUCAAAGACAAAAAGAAAAAGGAGAAGCGAAAGCUCAAGGACAAAGAAAGCAAAGAGAUGGGAAGCCCCAAGGUGGAUUCUAAGCUGGGAAAGCUGGAGGAUUCAAAAGGGUCUGGGAAGGACUUAUCUGGACAUUUUUUAAAGGACCAUCUCAACAAGAAUGAAGUGCUAGCUAAUGGACUGUCAGAGUCACAAGAGAGCAGGAUGGCAAGUAUUAAGGCUGAAGCUGAUAAGGUUUACACGUUCACAGACAAUGCACCCAGCCCUUCCAUAGGGAGUGCCUCCAGGAUGGAAUGCAGCACUUUGGUGAAUGGACAAUCUGCCAUGGCGCCACUGCACGUGUUGACACAAAAUGGUGCAGAUAAUGUAGCUGCUAAAACCAACAGCCCUGCUUACUCAGAUAUUUCUGAUGCAGCUGAUGAUGGUGGCUCUGACAGCAGGUCAGAGGGCAUAAGGUCAAAGGCCAGCUCUCCGUCGGAUAUUAUUUCUAAUAAGGAUAGUGUUGUAAAAGGACAUUCUUCAACCACAGCACAAUCGGCGCAAGCAAAAGAGUCCCAUUCUCCCUAUUACCAUGGCUACGAUCCUUAUUAUUCCCCAAGUUACAUGCACUCUGGACAGGUCAGUACUCCAGCAGCUGGGAACAGCACCACCCCACAGGGGCUGAAGAUCAAAAAAGAGACUGAGGAAGAAGCUGAAAAGAAAGAGAAGGCAGAACCAUUAGAUGCCAAGAAAAGUGAGAGCGCUUCCUCGAAUUUGCAGCCACAGCAUCAGUCAGUAAUAACUCAAAGGCACCCUGCACUUGCUCAGUCACUUUAUUAUGGACAAUAUGCCUAUGGGCUCUAUAUGGACCAAAAGUCCUUAAUGGCCUCUAACCCUGCUUACAGGCAGCAGUAUGAAAAAUACUAUGAGGACCAGAGACUAGCAGAACAGAAGAUGGCACAAACUGGGAGGGACUGUGAAAGGAAGAAUGACCCUCCCUUGAAGGAGCCUGGGAAAGAGGAAAACAAGCAGAAGAAUAUUCCAUCUGCCACUAUUUCGAAGGCUCCUUCAACUCCAGAGACCAGCAAAAAUAACACUAAAAUAGGGUCAUCAGUCCCUAACAAAGGUGAGGAGACAAGCAAAUCACAGAUCCUUUCCAAUCACCAGCAGCAGCUGCAAUCUGACAGUUUCAAAGCCAAACAAAUGGAAAACCACCAGCUUAUAAAGGAGGCUGUAGAGAUGAAAUCUGUUAUGGACUCCAUGAAGCAAACAGGAGUAGAUCCAACCACAAGAUUUAAACAGGAUCCAGAUUCACGAACAUGGCAUCAUUAUGUCUAUCAGCCUAAAUACCUUGAUCAACAAAAAUCAGAAGAACUUGAUAGAGAGAAAAAGUUAAAAGAAGACAGUCCUAGAAAAACACCUAACAAGGAAAGUUCUCUGCCUAACCUCCCUGUCUCAUUAGCAAGCAUUAAAGAAGAGCCUAAAGAGGUCAAGCGUUCUGAUUCUCAAUCAGUGGAUGAGAGCAAGAUAAAAAACGAUGAUCGAAAGACACCUGUAAAUUGGAAGGACUCUCGGGGUGCUAGGGUAGCAGUGUCUUCACCAAUGAGUCAGCAUCAGUCAUAUAUCCAGUACUUGCAUGCUUAUCCUUAUCCACAGAUGUAUGAUCCCAACCAUCCAGCCUAUCGCGCAGUCUCUCCUGUCCUAAUGCACAGCUAUCCCGGGGCCUACCUCUCCCCAGGAUUUCAUUAUCCAGUUUAUGGGAAGAUGUCAGGAAGAGAAGAGGCAGAGAAAGUCAGUACCAGCCCAAGCAUCAAUGCGAAAUCAGCCACUGAGUCCAAAGCACUGGAUUUGCUCCAGCAGCAUGCCAGCCAGUAUCGCAGCAAGUCUCCUGUUCCUGUGGAAAAAUCAGCAGCUGAGCGUGAAAGGGAAGCAGAAAGGGAACGAGACCGUCAUUCCCCUUUUAGCCAGAGGCAUCUCCAUACGCACCAUCACACACAUGUUGGAAUGGGUUACCCCCUUAUACCUGGACAAUAUGACCCAUUUCAAGGAUUGACCUCUGCUGCCCUUGUUGCCACUCAGCAGGUGGCUGCGCAGGCAUCUGCAUCUGGUAUGUUUCCUGCACAAAGAAGAGAAUGAUGAUUUUGGGGAUCUACAUUGUCAUGUGACUGGAUCACAUGAGGAAGCGCUUUAUUACAGACAUCAGUUCCAUGGUGUUAAUUUGAAAUGCCUUAAUGGCAGGCAAAAACCAGUCAUUUCAUUUUUGUAAAUUGCAGAUUUUAUCACAGAGUAACAAAUGUUGCUGUAAUUAGACUUCUGUUUUUAUAUAUAUAUAUGCGUAUAUAUAUAUAUAUACAUAUAUAUAUAAAAAUAUAUAUAUUCUUUACUUUUUUUGUAUCAGUACCAAGGCUCGCACACAGGGUCUGCUGCUAAGUUGCGAACCACACAGUAAAAGGAGAUAUGUAUUUGUCAUGUUUAGAAAGCGUUAACAGCAAAAGUCUUUUUGUUUCUUUUCUCUUCUACUUCCUUUUUUCCUUCU